GCGCAGGGGAGACCCGCAUCGCAGCACGAGAGAGCCGGAUCGCUCCGGUUUCUUGGUGCACCCAGCCCAGCCCAGCCCAGCCCAGCUCAGCAGGGCCCAGACUCCGCCCCGGCCCGCCCCGGCUGCCCUCCCAGCCGGUGUCCCAGACGCACACCGCAGUUCUCUGGUCCUCGCGGGCGGGCGCGCUGCGGGGACCCACGCGCAGGGAGCUCAUGGAGCCGGCGUGUGCGCCCCGGCAGGACGGCAGGGCGGAGCAGCUGCUGGGCGAGCUGGAGGCGCUCGUGAAGGACGUGGUGAGGGCGAGCUCGUGGUGGGAACGCCGCGGUGUGGACUGCGCCAUCCUGGUGCUCAGCCUCCUCGCCCUGCCGGCAGGGUUCCUGUGCCUGCGCUCUGAGAACCUCCUGGUCUUUGCCGUUGGCAUCGCUGUGUUGGGUGUGUGCCACUAUACGCUCACUGUCAAGGGCAGUCACCUGGCCACUCACAAUGCCCUCUCUGAGUCCAAAUUCUGGAACAAUAUCUUAGCACUUUUCUUUGUGGAGGUCUGCACAGCCUUCCCUGCAGAGUAUGCUAAGUAUGGCCACGUCAAGAUGCACCACGGCUACACCAAUGUGGUGGGUCUGGGGGACUCGAGCACGUGGAAGCUGCCCUGCCUCAACCGUUACGUCUAUAUGUUCCUCGCACCCUUUUUAAUCCCCAUUGUUACCCCUCUGGUGGCUCUCGAGCGGCUGAGGAAGGUGGGGCUGAGGUCAGCUCUGCAGACACUGGGCCUGAUUUCCCUGGGCCUCUAUUUCCACUACUGGCUGCUCCUCCACGUGUCAGGCUUCAAGAGCCCCGGCUCCGCCCUGGCCUGCAUGCUGCUCACCAGGUCUCUGCUGGCCCACCCCUACCUCCACGUCAACAUCUUCCAGCACAUUGGGCUCCCCAUGUUCUCCCUGGACAAGAAGCCCCGGCGGAUUCACAUGAUGAGUCUGGGCGUACUGAACCUACCCCGGCUGCCGGUGCUGGACUGGGCAUUUGGUCACUCGCUCAUCAGCUGCCACAUAGAGCACCACCUCUUCCCUACGCUCUCUGACAACAUGUGCCUGAAGGUGAAGCCCGUGGUGUCCAAGUUCCUCCAGGAGAAGCAGCUGCCAUACAAUGAGGACUCCUACCUGGCUCGCUUCUGGCUGUUUUUCGAUCGCUACGAGGAGUUCAUGGUGCAGGCCCCGUCCAUCACGGAGCUGGUGGGGCUGCAGUGAGGCUGAGCUCCAGUCCGGGCCCAGCCCUGGCCCUGCUGCUGCCCCUGGCCCCAGGGCUGUGGUGCGGUGACAGGUCACGGACCUGAGCAUAGAGGCCUUGGGCAGGCAGCCAGACAGCCAGCUUAUGCUCUUUGCUCUUCUGGGAUCCAAGGAGUGUUUGUGGGAAGGGAAUAAUGGCAGCCGAGCUCCAUGGCCAGUCUGGGUUUCAGCGGGCUCCUUCUCAGAGUGCCUCCCUCUGUCCAUCUGAACCUGAAGGGGGUUGGGGCUGGGAGACUGAGGCAGCUUCUGGUUUUUUUGCCCCGGCCAUCUGAGACUGGAGGAAGCAUCAGCCCCUUGGGCUGGGGCCUUUCUGAUGCAGGCCCAGCCACUGUUACUUCCUGCACUGUUUGAAGCCCCGCCCACCCCCAGAGCCCUCUCCCCAGGCACACAGGUCCAGUCACUUUUGGCAAAACCCAAGCUUGUGCACGACACAGGCUCUGCAGUUUCCAGGGCCGUGGUCUCAGCGGGAUAAACGUGUGUUUUGUGGGGUGAAGUGGGGGGAGGUAGUACCUCAGGGAUGGCGCUGGGGAAAGAGUAUACAUAGCUUUAGGCUUGACCUUGGCUAGUUGUAGAAAAGUGCUCUGUUCCAUGAUGUUUAGGAGUAGUGAACCAGGGAGAGAAAAUUAUGGGAAGUAGCUGGAGUUGGAGGCAGUUACAGAAACUGGGUCUGCAGAGAUCACUUUAGGAGAGAGAGGAGGGGGAGGGCAGGCUAAGAAAGAAAAGCCAAGGAUACCUCGGCAGUGAAAGUCUGUAGCCUGGGUGUGAGGUGGGGCUGGAAGGGAGCUGCUGAUGCCAGCCCUAGGCAGAGGCCAAGGCGGGGGGUGGGGGGGGCAACACUGACACUGAGCCCAGAGUAGGCGGAGUGGAGAGGCUGGAGCUGAGAGGGUGCAAGGGAGUCUCUGGGUGAAGGUUAGGGAAGGAGCAGAGAGGCCAGGCCUGGACAGGAGGCCACAGCAGGCAGGACAGGACUUCUCACCCAUCGCUGCUUUUUUUUUUGAAGAAAAAAAACCCUAAAAUUUCAAAACAAUAGGGGUAACAAGGGUUAGUACACUGCAUAUUAUCUUUGAAUUAAGAGUACAAGAUAUAGGUAUUUAAUUGUCCAAGCAAUAUUAGCACAAACCUUUUCUUCAAUGAACUAAGAGAACGAUCUUAACUAUCAUAGAUCUACCUGUCCAUAUAUAUAUUUGUUUUGCUUUUCCCAUCUUCUUCUUCUUCCUCUCAUCCCAGUUUCUCUUUCCUUUUGAAUAGCUUCUUCCCAUUUUACAAAACCUAUUGGACAUUUUGGAUCUUUUUCUUCUAAACUGGGAACUGAACUCAGGACCUAAUGCUUGCCAGGCAGGCACUGUGCCACUGAGCUAUAUCCCUGGCCCACAUUUUGGAUCUUCCUCUUUCAGCUUUUCACACUAGGGAGACAAUACAGUGUUUACACAUGUGAGUCUAGUUUAUUUCACUUAUGAGUACGGUCUUGAGUUGUAUUCACUUGCCUGUAAGGCUUCAGUUUAUCCUUCUUUAUGGCCGAAUAGUACUCCAUUGUAUAAAAAGACCACAUCCUUUUUAUUCAUUGUUUGGUUGAUGUUACCCAACGCUGUUGACAUUUUAUCUACAUUUUUUUUGUUUUUUGUUGUCCUAUAUAUCAUAGGAUGUUUAGUCAUGCUCCUGGUUUCUGGAGCCCAAGUUUUAACAAUCAAAAAUGUCCCCAGACAUAGGCAAAUGUCCCUGAGAGGGUCAAAAUCAUUCCUGAGAACUUAUAGGUCAUUUUUCUGGGUUUAUAAUUGCCUUGUUUCUCAGUUAAAGCUUUGGAUGGAGUGAAGGGCAUGUUGAUCCGGGUGAAGGGAAGCUAAAUGGUAACAAACGGGAGCCCUUGAAAUGGUGAAGGAGGUAGAUAACAAGACCUAGGCAGAAGCCAGUGAAGCCAUUCUCAAGAGGCCAGUGCUCAGUGUGUCCCUCCAGACCCUCCCCAACCCUGUCUACGCCCUACCCCCCUCUCGCAGAGACCAUAGCUCCUUCCACCAGCACCCUCUUCCAGCUGAGUUCCCAAAUAACUCCCUCCUUGGGCUCCCUCACGGCCUGGCCUGGCAGUGGCUUCCAGCUGAUGCUGCACCCUGGAUGUGUCCUUGUUCCCGUAAUCCUGCUCCACCUCUGCAUAGAGCCUCCCCUGUGUGCCAUCUGGGAGGCUCACUAUGCAGCAGAGUUUUGGAUCUGAGCAGCUCUUGGAACAGAGCUGAGGUAGCCUGGCAGCCUCCCCAGCCCACUGCUUUGCUGUAUGUUAUUGCUGCUCUUUUGAAAUGCAUCAGUAGCUGAAAUGGUCUUAUGGUCUGGGAGUGUAAUUCAUCAAACUGCUGAUUCUCCAUAUACAAAAAUGCAAUGGCAGAAAAAGGUCCUGUGCGUAUUCCAGGCUAAUGAUUAAAACCAUGAAAAUAUACAACCAGUGACUUGCUAUUGAUCUGGACCUGAAAGUGUCUGGGCAGCAGCUGGGAGCCCUGCUGCUAAAUCUAAGUGUAGCAUGAUCACCCCCCCCCCAACAAAUCAGCUUGGUUUCUUUGAUUUUCUGUUACUCAGAAUACCUGGGGUUUGAGAGAUGAGGUAGGGUGACAGCAGCAAAUAGUGUUUUUAAGGCUCUACAGAGAUCUAAAGUCUAACUUAAAGAGUUGUAUGGAGGUGACAAUAUUGAUAAUGAUGGCUAACAUUUAUUUACCACAAAUGGCAGGUAUUUUGACCUACUUCGUCUAAUUUUAAAACCAGUUACUUCCGUUUUCUUCAUACUACACAUGGCAAAAAGGGAGGCGGCAUGGGGAGAUCAAACUUCUCAGUGUCACAUAGCUACUAAGUGGCAGAAGAGGGAUUUGAACUCAGAAUCCACACUCUCACCUACCAGACAUACUGCCUCUGGAUGGGAAGCCCUAUAGAGCUCCUGAGUGUCAGAUCUUGAAUUUCCAUCUCUUGUGUGAAAAGAUAAUUGAUAGAUUCUGCUACCCUGGUGCUUAACUAUCUGAAAGGUGACAUCUGCCCAACUUGGCACCGACGCUCUCUCUCCAAGAGUAGCUAGUACAUCCUCCUCCUCAUUCCAGAGAUAAGCCUCCCACUGCCUUGUGUGUGUGCACUGAGCCUUUUCCAAUCCCAAGACUCUCCCAACACCCACGCCUCCACCCCCAGCCCCAGGAAAUCUUUGUUUCCUGUUUUAUGCUUGCAGAUGCCCCUUCAAAUCAGUUGUUAAUGUGUUAUUUUGCCCACCUCCAAAACUCCUCCCCCAGCCAAAACUAAUACAAGUAAUUUCAUUUCUUUGUUCUGAGAACCUCCUUGCACUCCUUGGCAGCUCUCUGGUGCCCACAUUAAAGGCCUUUCUACUCGUC